AUGGGCUCCAUCCCUCUCCCAGAUCUCUCCCACCUGUCCCCCUCCACCCUACCCACCCCUCACGAUACCCCCUCCAGCGCAAAGAUUGUCUCCGCCCUCUCCCUCCACCGUCACUACGAAGGCGGCUUCUACGCAGAGACAGACCGCGCCCCGACCUCGAUUCCCUCCCCGUUCCCAGCAACACCCGCCUCAGCCUCAGACGAGGCAGCACCCUCGACCAACGACCCAGACUGCCCUCCGCCGACGACGGCCGAGCAGCAGCAGAGACGCGCCCUCUCGUCCGCGAUAUUUUACUACCUCACCGCGUCCUCGCCCAUAGGCCACUUCCACCGCAACCGCUCGCGCAUAACGCACUCUCUACACCGCGGCCGCGGCCGCUACGUCGUGCUCCACCCGGACGGCGUCGUCGAGAAUUUUAUCGUGGGCGGCAACAUAGCAGCUGGCGAGAGGUUGCAGUGGACUGUCGAGGGGGGCGCUUACAAGGCUAGCUUCGUGUUGCCGGACGAAGACGAGGGCGCAUCGUCGCCGUCGUCGAGUGAGGGUUUGCUGAUUACCGAGGUCGCCGUGCCGGGGUGGGAGCCGUGUGAUCAAAACUUUUUGACGCGGGAGAAGCUGGUUGAGUUGGUGGGUGAGGGAAAGGCGAAGGGGCUGGAAUGGUUGAUCAAGAAGGAGUAA